UAGUUUAUUCAUUUCCAAUUCGAAAAUUGAAAAGGAGAUCGAAACGGUAUGCUAACGGGAAUCUGAGAUAGAAAGGAGAAGAUAAGAAGAAAAAUUACAUCUUUACCUUCCGGUACGCACUACAUAAUCGCUUGCUGUACAUAAUAGUACUAAGCAAGCCCUAGAUUUGGAGGUUUUAGGCGGUGGAGGCGGCGGCGGUGGCUGUUAAUUUUGAUGGGUGCUCAACUGGCAGCACCACCACCACCAGCGACUAUUGGGUGUUUGCUGAAUUAGGGUUUUUUGUGUAGACCUUACUUAGAUUCGAAGGAGAGAACCACAAAAAAAGGGAAAGAUAUGGAUGGUGGGCGGAGAUUAGCGGUUAGCCCAAGGCCUUGUAGCGGACGGAGAAUAGUCGCAUCGAAGAAAAGAGGGAGAGCGGAUGGGUUUGUUAACAGCGUCAAGAAGCUUCAACGAAGAGAAAUUUGUUCAAAGCGACACCGUGCUUUCUCCAUCACCGACGCCCAGGAGCGUUUCCGUAACAUCCGCUUGCAGGAGGAAUAUGAUACUCAUGAUCCGAAAGGACAUUGUUCGAUGGUAUUACCAUUUCUGAGGAAGAGGUCAAAGAUUAUAGAGAUUGUGGCUGCACGAGACAUUGUCUUUGCUCUUGCUCAAUCGGGUGUUUGUGCAGCAUUUAGCCGAGAGACUAAUCAAAGAAUAUGCUUCCUAAAUGUCACUGCUGAUGAAGUUAUACGGAGCUUGUUUUAUAAUAAAAACAAUGACUCACUUAUCACAGUCUCAGUUUAUGCUUCUGACAAUUUCAGCUCCUUGAAAUGUAGAAGCACAAGGAUCGAAUACAUACGGAGAGGUCAACCUGAUGCUGGCUUUGCUCUUUUUGAAUCUGAGUCAUUGAAGUGGCCAGGUUUUGUUGAGUUUGAUGAUGUAAAUGGGAAGGUACUCACAUAUUCUGCACAGGAUAGCAUAUACAAGGUGUUUGACCUAAAGAAUUAUACAAUGUUAUACUCCAUAUCAGAUAGAAAUGUUCAAGAGAUUAAGAUCAGCCCAGGGAUUAUGUUAUUGAUUUUCACUAAAGUUGGCGGCCAUGUUCCUCUUAAGAUUCUUUCAAUAGAGGAUGGUACUGUUCUUAAAUCUUUUAGUCAUCUUCUUCACCGGAAUAAGAAAGUGGAUUUCAUCGAACAGUUCAAUGAAAAGCUUCUUGUGAAGCAGGAAAAUGAAAACCUCCAGAUUCUCGAUGUACGCAAUGCUGAGCUAACAGAAGUUAGCAAAAAUGAAUUCAUGACCCCAUCAGCAUUUAUAUUUCUGUAUGAAAACCAGUUAUUCCUUACAUUUAGAAAUCGGACAGUGGCCGUGUGGAACUUCCGUGGAGAACUUGUAACUUCAUUUGAAGAUCACCUUUUAUGGCAUCCUGACUGCAACACCAAUAAUAUAUACAUCACAAGUGAUCAAGAUCUUAUUAUCUCUUACUGCAAGGCUGAUUCUGAUGAUCCAUUGUCUGAAGGAAAUGGCUCCAUUAAUAUCAGCAAUAUAUUGACCGGGAAAUGUCUCGCCAAAAUACGAGCAAGCAACAGUUUCCCAGUUGAAGAACAAUGCAGCUGCAGUGACAAAUGUGGUUGCAGUUCAAAAACGCAGAGCAACGCGUCGAGAAUUAGAAGCAGGGUCGCAGAAGCAUUGGAAGAUAUAACUGCACUUUUCUAUGACGAAGAACGCAACGAGAUAUAUACGGGUAAUAGGUACGGUCUAGUUCAUGUGUGGUCUAACUAAGGGUUUGAUUUUGGUUAGGAUGUUAUGUAAUAUUAGUUGAGUGGUUUGUGAAUUGGGGCAUUGUGAUUGUCAUGGAACUGUACCAUUAUUAACUAUUAUUGUAUCGAAAAUUCAUUUAGUUUCUGCUCUAAAUGAUAUUAUUAUUAGGCUUUAUUCACAA